CCUGUGACUUGAGUCCUCUGAAUGCCAUUUCCUAGCAACCCAAAUGAGUUAAACUUACAUGUUGGUUUCUCUUCUGACACAGAAGAGAAUGUGUCCCUCUGUUCCCCUCAGCCGGGCAGAAAAGAUCUGCUAAAAUACACUCCUCUGGAAAUGCUGCAAAAAGCUCCAACCCCAAAUGGUAAGUGAACCUACUGCAACUGGAUCCCAGCCACCCACAGGCCCACAUCGAAGAUCAGGACUGAAUGUUCAGUGCCAGCUGUAGCGUCAGCCCACAUCCAUUGGCACCAGUAGAUCUCUCCAUGUAGUGCCACAGCCCCAACACCAUGAACCCUGACUCCCCCGGGGAUGAGAGCGACAUCGCAAGGAGGCUGCAGUGUCCCUUACAAGAUCGCAACUCCACACGGGGGAAAUCUGUCCAAAGACCUGUGCGACCUGCCAAGAAAGUUGACAUUUGGGAAAUAAAGCCUCCUGACUUCAGUUACAAACUGUACACGUCCCUGCGGUUGCCACAAAUACCAACACGGCCUACCAAGGAAGAAAAAGGGAGGAAUCAAAGCAAGUUUCCAGAAGCCCAGCUUCAGUUGCCCAGCAUAAGAAGUCAUCCCAAGAAGGCCGCAUCUCCCAAGUUUGUAACCAGAUUUCCACAUCCAGAUUUACAGAAAGCAAAGUUACUGUACGUGAGGAAUGGCAAGUUCCCCGCAGGUGUCUACAUCAAUCCCAAACCACACGAAUUCCGGCAGUACCAAAGUAAAUCACCAAACUUUGUGACAACUUUCAGACGGGAUCCUUUGGAACUAAACCUAAAGUCACAGCUCUUAAGUACAGUACCAUCAGUAGGCCAGUUACAGAAAGCUGAUCAACAGAAGGACAGAAGACAACAGUUUAUCACCCACAAGUCUCCUGAAUGCAGCUGGGAUGCACGGCUAAUUUUAUCCAAACCACCAUGGCCCAUUAAAUCAGCUUCAUUCACGAGACAUAGGAGGUGCUGUGAUGCCUAUAGUGCAUUCCUGGAUCGUGUGGAAGAAAAGUGGGCAAGGACACACAAAAGCAGAGAACUAGAAGGAUCAAAGGCAAAAGCCUGAGAUGGUUGAUGGAACAAAACAACGCAGAAUGUCCUGCAAUUUCCCCUGAAGGUUUCUUAAUGAGAACAUUGCUGAAUCUGGGUGCCAUCUUGGAUUCCAGAGAAAUGCACUCUCCCUAGAGGCAUAAGAAAGCUCUUAAACCACA